GCGUCAGUCGUGUGGGAAGAAGAUUUUGAAGUCGAAUAUACGAAAGAUUUUAUUAUAAUUUCCCAGAAUCGGAGAGAAGCGAAGAGUUGUGCUAUACCAUUGAAACAACGGUAAAAUUUUACGAUACAGGGUCAGGAAGAAAAUGAAUAACUUCACGAACGGAAGUGAAACACGUCCUCAAUACGAAAAUGUGUCUAUUCCCCAAUGGGGUUUCAACUCCAGUUGUGAUUGGCGCACAGCGGCCACAGUGGACCUGGCGAUCUCUUCCAUCGCGACAUUCUAUAACCUCGUCGUAGCGUUUCUCCCGUUGCGCGUGUCGCGUAUGUACUCCAUGCAAGGCGCUGUGAUCAGUAGCCACACAUGGGCCGCAUUCUUGGUCAGUCUGUACUGCGCCUUUUUUGAUUCACGCUUUUUGAACAGCGAGCAAGAGGUUCGAGGGGAAAGAUAUAUACCCUAUGUACUCAUCUGGUUCCUCAGUUAUCACUGUGUGUUCCACAUGCACCUUCUAUCGUGGAAUCAACACCACUCCGUGACACGGUUUAACGCUCAUAACAGGUUUGCAUCGCGUUCCAAAUUGAUACAAAUUGAACUAGUGGUCUGGACGUCCUCCAUCGCCCUGACAUUGUUGGAGGUUUUCUUUACGUACGAUCCAUUAAACUAUCCUGAUAGUCAGUUAGCUUCAGUUUCCAAAUUACGUCUUAUCGUCAUUCUAAUCUCCAUGGCGUUUUGCUGGUUCGGACCGCUAGUGCUGGUCGUCACCUGGAAUGUGAUUAUCUUCAGUUUCCUGCUCAAAGUCAUACACCAUGGUUAUGAAAAGAAAAAACCACCAGAGCCUGAGACGCCUGAACGAGACCUCUCGGAAGCUGCGCGUAACCUGGAACCAUGGAACACGUUAGGCGGGGUUGAAACUUUUUACGAAGAUCCACCGGAAUACGCCACUUUGCCAGAUGACGUCGAACACCAGCUUCAGCAAAGCUUCGUGAAUUUCAUCUCCGUGACCACAUUCGCUACAACAAUGAUCAUCUGGACUGGCUUCCACGUGCUUGCGAUAUUUCGCACUGGCGGCGAAGUCAUGAAAUAUUAUCAUUUAUACGAGGUCAUCUACAACUGUAAGCUGUACAUCUGUGUCUACACUGUCGCCAAGUUCCUUCUUCUGUGCAAUCCUCUGUGGAUCUUUUACUACAGGCGGGAGAUGCGAGUGUGUGCGACGCUGAAAAAGCGCCACGGUGUCCCUCAAGAGUAGUAUACCGGACCCAUCCAAAUGAGCUGCGUCGGACCUUUAAGACGGUGUUACGCUAUGCAAUUUUCCUUGGAACCAGUAGAAUUAUAAUUUUGAGGGAUGUUAAUUUGUAAGGAGUGUUCGAAAUACUAAGAAAACGUCAGCGGAUUUUAAGAAAUGUUCGUAUUUGAAAACUUUAGAUGCAUCAGGAGUAGUUUUGCAUUGCAAGUUGCAAGGAAAGUUGCAUAGUUUAACACCGCCUUUAGCAAUCUUGUUUUACUGGAGCGAGAGCUGAAAGGGCGUUAUCUAUCAGAUAGUGAUCUUUUCAACCGCUGUAAAAAUGCUUUAUUUUUUUUACGAGACAGAUCCCCGAUUUGAAAACACCAAGGUUAUACCGAACGAUGGGCAAUUUCAGAACGAUUAAAAAACAAUAUCCGGUGGAUAGCGCUAUUCAGUUUUCAAACCGGCCACUGAAUGAUAUACUAUUAUUUUGUGAAAUUUAACAGACCUUUCAACUCACACGCAAAUCGGGUGAGAUACAUUGAUUUCCCGACGCAUGUAUACAUUUCAUAUUUCUUCAAAACCUGGUGCUUUUAGCAGAACGGUUGACAGUAAUUGGGAUGAAAUACUAUCUAUAGUUCGAUUUAAAUGUACAGUGUUGGGAGGUCUUUACAUUUCUGAGAAGAUUGAUUAGUUUAUUUGAUAGUUAUAUUAUUUACAUGUCGCAUGACAUUUUGAGAAAGGCUGCAUUGUGAGAAGAAUAGAGAGUUAAUUUCAUCAUAGGAUUUUAUGCAUUAUAUGAAUAAACUAAUUUUAGCCUUAAAAGCGAGAUAGUGUUGUUCUACACCGC